AUGUUAAUCGGCUCUGGUAUAGCGGAAUCAGUUGAAAUUAACAUCUGCUUGGACGAGCAAGAGUCCCCAUAUGUUAUAUAUGUUGAGGGUAUUCCAUUUGAAGUAGAUUUCACAUGCGAUGUUGUUAUUCCAUGUGAAGCAAUUGGCAGAAAUGAUAUAUCCCCGGCAAAUAUGUCAUUUAAGGCAGAUGACAUGUUAGCUGUUGAUAUUUCAUCCAAUGCGGAUGUUUUUGAUAGCAUGUUGGCUACAGAUACUCAAAUCUAUGCUGGUAGUGCAGUUGAUAAAGUUUUCAUGAUUAAUCAGGAAGUCAAAUAUGAUGCGGAGAUUGCAGAGGGCUUGUUGGUCGCGGAUAAGUUAUCUUAUAAAGAUAUACGGUUAAACGAUACCACAGAUGACGUAUUGGCUACGGGUAGUGAAUUUAAUGCUGAUGUCAGGGAUGUCUUGUUCGUUUCGGAUAUAACAAAUAAUGAGGAUUUCACAACUGAUAUUGAUAUAUCUGAUGGUGCGGUUUUUGUUGAUCAGUACAUUCCUGAUUGGCAUACUCAAUGUAUUGACAAGUUUGUUGCGUCUAACGUAAGUAGCAUUGAUAAUAGUGACAGCUGUUUGCAAAUGGAGGUUUAUCAGUUUGACUCAGACGACGCGGAUUUAAAAUUCGGAAUAACGCCACUUUGCGGCAAGAUGACAUGUGACUACACUGGAAAAAAUUUUGAGCUGCUAAAAAAUCUUUUCGGUAACACGAAAGUACAAGAACAAUCUUUCAAAAAUUUAACGGAAAAACUAACGGAUCAUUUCCAGUCGAAACGACAUGUGGUCGCUGCACGUUACGAUUUUUUCAAAAGGGAAAUGAAGCCACAUCAAUCAUACAGAGAGUGGGUAGCCGAUCUCCGCGGAUUGGCAAGAGAGUGUAACUUUUCGUGCUCAGCCCAGAAUUGUUUACACAAUUUCGUGGAUGAUAUGAUUCGUGACCAAAUUAUUAUACGUACACCUCACGAUGCAGUGCGCACGGCUGCGUUCCAAAAGCCCCAGCCGACACUUGCUGAUGUUUUGCAGAUUGCAGAAUUGUACGAAACAACCACUAAAACGGUGGCAACAAUUAAAGAACAAACGAUCGAAAACUCAAUGCCUGUUAAUUCAGUUGUAAAAUUCAAAUCAUGUUCUGGCUGUGGAAACUCUCAUGCAAGAGAAAACUGUAAAUUUAGAAAUGCUGUUUGCAAUAGAUGUAGCAAAAUUGGACAUAUUGCGCCAGUGUGCAUGUCAAAACAAAACAAGAACAACAAACGUAAUUCAGGUGAUGAAAACAAGAAGAAAGAUUACCGUCGUAAAAGUCACAACAUUGGUACUGUAGAAACAAUUAACAGUUUAACAGGUAUUGUAAAAACUGAAAGCAAUAAGAAUUACAUUGACUUGGAAAUUUGUAAUAAAAUUGUGUCUUUCCAAAUGGAUUCUGGUGCAACAGUUUCUUUAAUAAAUAAGCGAACAUUCAAAACUCUAAAUUGCCCAAAGUUGCAAAAUUGUACAAAAACCUUAUUUGGUUUUGGCAAAAAUGAAAUUCCAGUGCUUGGUGAACUUUGCGUAGAUAUCAAAUGUGGCGGAAAAGAAAGGGAAGUGGUAAUCGUUGUCGUGGAUGUCGAAAACUGUAACAAUUUAUUCGGUUUCGAUUUAUUUAAAGAAUUCGGCCGACAAAUUCCAUUUUCGCAAAUGUCACUUUUCAAGAAAGAAGUCGAUCGAUUGACAAAUGCGGGUAUUUGGAAACCUGUGAAGUUUUCCCAAUGGGCUUCGCCUAUUGUACUAGCGCCAAAAGCUGAUGGUUCCAUAAGAAUUUGUGGGGAUUUUAAACAAGCAGUCAAUGCGCAAAUUGACAUUGAACAAUAUCCUUUGCCCAUACGCGAAAGUCUUUUCCAUAAAAUUAAUUGCGGUCAACAUUUUACAAAAAUCGACCUUAAGGACGCGUAUUUACAAAUGGAACUCGACGAUGAAGCAAAAACAAUAAUGGUUGUCAACACUCCACUUGGGUUAUUCCAAUACCAACGUUUACCGUUUGGGAUUGCAAGCGCUCCAGCUAUAUUCCAAAGAUAUCUUGAGCAGUUACUUCAAGGCGUAGAAGGUUGUGGAAAUUAUCUCGAUGACAUCAUCAUCUCCGCACCUACAUUUCAACAACACAUCAGCCGCCUAGAACAAGUACUUCGUAUUUUGCAACAAAAUGGUAUAUUGCCAGAUGAGUCAGGACUAAAAGCAGUCAAAAACCUGCAGCCGCCUAAAGAUCUAAAGCAAGCAGAAGCAUUCAUGGGUAAGGUAAACUAUUACCAUAAUUUUAUACCUAAUUUUUCGCAAUUAUCCGCGCCAAUCAACAUGCUGCGCCGAAAAAAUGUAAAAUUCACAUGGGGUACAGCACAACAACAAGCAUUUAUAGCUCUUAAAACGCAUAUUCUCAAUGCAGCGCAAUUAGCACAUUAUCAGGAAGAUUUACCGUUGGUUCUAGCUACAGAUGCCUCCUCCUAUGGCAUAGGAGUCGUGCUCUCGCAUACGUACGUUGACGGUACAGAAAGGCCUAUUGCUUUUGCAUCUAAAACUCUCGACAUUCAUCAACGACGAUAUAGUCAGAUAGAGAAGGAAGGGCUAGCUAUCGUUUUUGGAGUCAAGCGUUUCCAUCAAUAUUUAUACGGAAGAAGAUUCACCUUGGUUACUGACCACAAACCUCUUGUUAGCAUUUUUAAUCCAAUUCAUCAGUUGCCGUCGAUGACGUCACAUCGUUUACAGCGAUGGGCUAUUAUACUAAUGGCUUAUCAGUAUGAUGUUCGGUAUCGUAAAACUACUGAGCAUGGAUAUGCCGAUGCUUUAUCUCGUUUACCUGUUGGUGAAGAUAAAACUUUUGAUCAUGAAGAAUCCUGUUUCAACAUCAAUGAACUUAACACACCUAUCGACGCUGAAAUAAUUCGUCAGCAUGCCAAAAAUGACCCAAUUCUUCGCCGAGUUUAUUUUCUCGUUACAAACGGUUGGCCUGAAAAGCUAAUGCCUCAAGAUGCUGAUCUUCGAUCAUUUUUCAAUCAUCGCUUUGCUUUAAUACUUAACAACGAUUUGCUUUGCCUCCAGACGGAGUACAACCGGGUUGUCAUUCCAGCCUCCCUUAAGCAGAAAGUUCUUAAACUUCUUCAUGAUGGUCAUUGGGGAGUAUCGAGAAUGAAACAGCUAGCUCGACAACAUGUCUGGUGGACUAAUAUUGACAAAGACAUCGCACAAUUAACUGAAAAUUGUGAUGUGUGCAAAAUUGCAAAUCCUGUUCACGCACGUGAAUACUUAAGCUGGCCUGAAGCUGAUCGACCUUGGGAGAGAGUACAUAUCGACUUUGCUGGUCCAUUUUGUAAUUCAAUGUGGCUAAUUUGUGUCGACGCUUUCUCACAAUUUCCGUUCGUUGUACAACUAUCUACAACAACAACGGUUGACACCAUAUCAGCAUUGUCUUCUAUAUUUUCUCUGGAAGGUAUACCAGAAACCAUCGUAAGUGACAAUGGUCCGCAAUUUACAGCUGAAGCAUUCAAACAUUUUUGCUCAAAACUUGGCAUCAAACAUAUAACAACAGCGCCGUUUCAUCCAGCCUCAAACGGGUUAGCCGAACGAUUCGUCAGAUCUUUUAAAACUGCUGUUCAGAAAAACAUUGACGAUGGAUUGUCUCUCAAAUUCGCUGUAUCAAAAUACCUUGCAACAUAUCGUGCAAUGCCGAAUGCUGAAGGUAAAUCACCUGCGGAACUUUUACAUGGAAGGCCUGUUCGUACCUUGUUGAGUCAACUGUUUGAAUCGCCUAGGAAGCACCUUGAAGCUUCGAAACGGAAAAUGAAAUUCAGUCUAAAGCAACCCGUCUUCGCUCGAAACUACGCAAGAGGGGAAAAAUGGAUAAAAGGAGUUAUUGUGAAACAACUUGGUAAAAUGGUUUACCGAGUGAACACAUCUUUUGGUUACAUCAAACGUCAUGUUAAUCAGCUUAAAACUAGAAGUAGCUCUGACCUCUCUUCACAACCAAUUUUUGAAUUCGCUCCAAAUUUCAUCAAUGCCACACCGCCUUCAUCUAGCCAAUCAACAUUAAUGCCUAGUGAAGAACGUUCUACCGAAGUAGUUCAACUUCGAAAAAGUUGUCGUAUUCGGAAGGAUGUAAAUCGAUUUGAAUCCGACGAUUUCAGGAAAACUUAA